AUGAAGUUACCAGUUUCUUUAUCUGUUUUUGCUCUUCUUCUCUCAUUUUUGUCGGCAACUUCAGCUCAUACUCAUGAAAACUUUCUUCAGUGCCUAACCCUUCAUUCCGGAAAUGACAGUAUUUCUGAAGUCAUUUACACCUCAUCCAACUCAUCGUAUUCAUUUAUCUUGGAAUCCUCCAUCAGAAACCCCAGAUUCUCAACACCUUCCACCCCGAAACCCCUAGUCAUUGUUACACCAUUGGGUGUUUCACAAAUUCAAGAAAUCCUUAGUUGUGCCCAAAAACAUGGAAUGCAAGUCAGAGUUAGAAGUGGUGGACAUGAUUACGAGGGUCUUUCUUAUGUUUCUCCUGUACCAUUUGUCAUACUUGAUAUGAUAAAUCUUCGAAACAUCUCUGUUGAUGAAGAAAAUAGCUUUGCCUGGGUUCAAUCUGGUGCAACCCUGGGUGAACUAUACUACGAGAUUGCUGAGCAAAGCAAAACUCUUGGCUUUCCAGCUGGACUUUGCCCUACGAUAGGUGUUGGUGGACACUUCAGUGGGGGAGGGUAUGGCACAAUUUUGAGAAAAUAUGGCCUUGCUGCUGAUCAUGUUAUUGAUGCACACUUGAUUGACGUUAAGGGUAGAUUCCUUGACAGAAAAUCAAUGGGAGAAGAUCUGUUUUGGGCCAUUCGAGGAGGAGGAGGGGCUAGCUUUGGAGUCAUUGUUGCAUGGAAAAUCAAGUUGGUUCCUGUUCCAUCAACCGUGACUGUGUUCACAGUCAAUAAGAACUUGGAACAAAAUGCAACCAAAAUUCUGUAUCGGUGGCAGUAUGUUGCAGACAAGUUUGAUAAAGACCUAUUCAUUCGUGUAAUCUUAACAGGCGCAAAUUCCAGCCAAGAAGGGAAGAAGACGGUACAAGCUACGUUUAAUUCCUUGUACCUUGGAGGGAAGGAUAAGCUCCUUCCAUUGAUGCAAAAGAGCUUUCCUGAGCUGGGUUUGGUGAGUGAAGAUUGUACAGAAAUGAGUUGGAUUCAAUCUGUCCUCUACUUUGCUGGAUUCCAAAGUGGACAAGCCCUAGAUGUUUUGCUAAAUAGGACUCUGACAGUUAUCUCUUAUAAAGCAAAAUCCGACUAUGUGAAGAAUCCCAUUCCUGAAUCUGGGUUGGAGGGGAUUUGGCAAAGAUUAUAUGAAAAAGAGGCAGAGUUAGGUGGAUUAAUCCUGACUCCAUAUGGGGGAAAAAUGAGUGAAAUUUCGGAGUCUGCAAUUCCUUUUCCACAUAGAGCUGGCAAUAUCUACAAAAUCCAAUACAUAGUGUAUUGGUCAGAAGAAGGGACUACGGCAACUGAAAGUCAUGUAAGUUGGAUUCGAAGGCUUUACGCUUAUAUGGCUCCUUAUGUUUCCAAGUCUCCAAGAGAAGCAUAUAUAAAUUAUAGAGACCUUGACAUAGGUACAAAUAAUGAAGGCAACACAAGUUAUAGAAAGGCAAGCAUAUGGGGUACUAAAUAUUUUAAGAACAACUUCAAAAGGCUGGUGCAUGUGAAGACUGUAUUUGAUCCCACUAAUUUCUUUAGGAAUGAACAAAGCAUCCCGCCUCUUUCAUAGUAGUGGAUGAUGAAAACUAAUUUGGGAUACUUAUUUUGCAAAGAUUGUAUUCUUUUUUUUUUUUUUUUGAAUGGAAAAUAUUGUACUCAGAAUCAAGUUUAUUAACAGAAAUUUUUAUAUGGA